AUGUCCUCAAGCGUCACAAGAGCUCUAGUGGUCGGCGGCACAAGCGGCAUCGGCUAUGCCAUCGCCUGCCACGUCGCUGCAGAAGCCAGGUCCUCGACCAUCAUUAUUAGCGGCCGCACAAAGCCCGAGAACAUCCCCCACGCCAAUAUCGAGUUUCGGAAACUAGAUGCAUCGUCGAUGCGCGCUAUUAAGGCGUAUACGGACGCCUAUAAGGCGGCACAGGAGCCUAAGCUAGACUUGCUUGUCUUGACGCAAGGCAUCCUGACGCUCGCAGGGAGGACCGAGACCCCCGAGGGGAUUGAUCGCAAGAUGGCCCUACACUACUACGGCCGUCAGCUGCUGAUUCGCCAGCUACUUCCCGUCCUAAAGGACGACGCCAAGGUCAUCAUUGUGCUAGACUCGAUCCGCGGAAGCCCGACUAAGCUGAACUGGGAGGACCUAGACCUGAAAACAAACUUCAGCCUUGCAAAUGCGGCGAGCCACUGCCUUUCGAUGACCGACGCCAUGGUCCAGCAAUUUGCUGCGCAAAGCGGGAACAAACGGCAUUUCGUUCAUGCCUACCCGGGCCUUGUGAAGACCUACCUUGACCGCAAACGUCAAUGGUAUUUAUGGCUGCCGGCCCGGGUGGUUGGCGGGUUGGCCGGGGUGGCGCCUGCGACUUGCGCUGAGAAUCUGCUGAAGGGUACAUAUGAGUCUACAGCAUCAGAGGAAAAGGAAGGCAAGUUUUGGAGUGCUAUUGAUGGCAAGGGGCAUCUGGUUGCCAACAAGGCCGUUUGGACAGAGGAGCAGAGGCAGAAGGUGGCAGAUCAUACCUGGAAGCUCAUUGAUGAUGCUCUCAGUGCUGAACAGUAA